AUGGCCGACCAAAGCGCCUCUAUGAGUGUGGAGGAGAUCCAGGAGGAGUUAACCGUACAAAAGGUCGUGCUCGAUUCCCUUGCUGAUGCCGACUACGAUGGAGUGGAGGAAAUGCGACAAGAUGCCCAUGAGGAGAUAAAUCGCCUUAAAAAGCUACUUCGGGACUUGAGACAGAAAAAACAGUCUAAUAUAACCGGUGAAGCUCUUCAAAGUACAGCUGCGCCAGAAAAUUCCAGUCUAUCUUCCAGUUCAGGUGGGCAACAACGAGAUACAGCCUCUGUCAUGAAUUCUUCUGCGGGCUAUGGCUCCUUCUCCUUGCCGAGCCGGAAGAGGGACGUCGACUCAGCUCGUCUAUCUGCCCAUGAGAACCAAGCAAAAGCUCGCCGGCUCUCGCCUCCUAUGUUUGAGAACUUGACCUCGGAUGUACUGACCAACAAUGGUCGAUUUCUUGACUUCGUUGACCUUACUGGGGAUGAUGAUGAUGAUGUUAUCGCAGAACAGGUCAAGGCCGAGCAGAGGCAAAAACAAGAACAGUCAGACCGAGAGUUCGCAGAAUUUCUUUGUGGCCAAGACUCCUCUGAUCAGAUGGCAAUACAGCCUCCUCAGAACGAUGCCUUCACGCGGUUAAUGAGCAGCCAGCCUCCCCUCGGCCCCCCAAUCGCCGAUGUAGAGAUCCCGUUUCACAUGCCCGGUUCUUACGACACACUCUGGGAUGAUCCAGCCGGAGCUGGUCCUGCUUUCAUGAUGCCUCAAGGACAAUCAGACCUCCAAUUCCCAACUAUGUCAACUUAUCCAAACCCUCGCGCCGAGGAAGAGAAUGAUUUGAUCUUUGCAGGGUCUGUUGCUCGCGCUCCUCACCCUAUAGGUCGCGCGGAGCAACUAUUCCCUGGCAUGGGUAUGGGUUAUCCAGAUUUGACUAGACGUAAUAUUCACCAGCCGCCUCACCUGGCUGAUAUGUCCGGCUUUUCAUAUCGGCCUCCCACUUCAUUCGCGCCAGGUUCUUUUGCAACUCCGUCGUCUUUGGGCGAGGUUAUUGGGCGGACAAAUGGGUUUGACCUUGUCAACGGAGUAGACGGCGGUGGCAACCCAUUGCCUCCCCGUCUUAGAAAAUGGAUGGACGAAAAUGAUUACGAUCCCCAUGUCGAUUCUCAAGGACCUGAAUUGGACGCAAAGGAGCUUGAGAAUCUUCUUUCAAAUAUCUCUUCCGACAUGGAUUUACCAAAGGCAGGCCUAGGGGAAGCUCCGGCUGGCUUAAAGAGACCGCUGUACCCUCAUCAGGAUAUUGCCCUUGCCUGGAUGAAGAAGAUGGAAUCGGGCACAAACAAGGGCGGUAUUCUCGCAGACGACAUGGGUUUGGGAAAGACUAUUUCUACACUCGCACUUCUUCUAGCUCGCCCAGCGACGACUCGGCCCAAGGUAUGUACUUUAAACCCACCAACAAACUUAGUAUUGACCAAGCAGACAAACUUGAUCGUCGCCCCUGUCGCUCUCAUUCGUCAGUGGGAGGAGGAGAUCGCCACCAAGACCAAAUCAUCUCACCGAUUAUCGGUAUAUGUGCAUCACGGUAAACGGACUCUGAUAGACGAGCUGCUCACAUACGAUGUGGUCUUGACCACAUACGGCUCACUCUCACACGAACUCAAACGCUAUGAGAAGUUCAGAAAGGACAAUCCCGAAGAGGAUCAAAUCGACUGGAAUCACAGAACUCCUAGCCUCAGUUUCCCACUUCUACAUCCCAAGGCUAAAUUUUACCGCGUGAUCCUGGACGAAGCCCAGUGUAUCAAGAACGACAAGACACAAAGUGCUAAGGCAUGUAACCAACUCAAGUCGAUUCACCGAUGGUGUCUCACCGGAACACCUAUGAUGAAUGGUGUCUUGGAACUUUACUCCCUAGUCAGGUUUCUCAAGGUCAGACCUUACUGCAAAUGGGACGACUUCCGUCAGUCCUUCGGUCGACUAUUCGGCCGACAAGGUGACACAAAAAGCACCGCGAUGAGAAAAUUACAAGUUUUCCUCAAAGCUAUCAUGCUCCGCCGCAAGAAAAACUCGUUACUCGAUGGCAAACCCAUCCUCAGGCUGCCAGAAAAGACUGAGGAUGUCAUUUAUGCUACGUUCUCUCCUGAAGAGCUCGACUUCUACAAGCAAUUGGAAAAGAACGCCCAAGUGUUGGUAAACAAGUAUAUUCGCGAGAAGUCCGUCAGCAAGAACUACUCCAGCAUUCUUGUCCUCUUGCUCCGUCUUCGCCAAGCUUGUUGCCAUCCACAUCUAAACCUCGAUGUAGAUGAUGCACCAUCUACAGACUCUGACGAGAAGAGAAAGACUGUCGAAGAUCUCAAUGAGGCCAUCGUCGAAAGGAUCAAGGGUAUUGAAUCUUUCGAGUGCCCUAUCUGCUACGAUGCCGUUCAAUGUCCCAGCUUCUUUGUUCCUUGUGGGCAUGAUAGCUGCGGAGAGUGUCUUGUCCGCAUUGUUGACGGUGCUACUGCAAACAACUUACAGGAAGGGUCCGAAAGCAGCCGGGCUAGGUGCCCUGUCUGUCGUGGCCACUUUGAUCCUACUAAAUGCUUUUCAUACGAUAUCUUCAGGCAGGUCCAUAUGCCUGAAACCAUCGAGCAAGGAUCCGUCAAAGACGAAGACGUUUGUGAAACUGAUACGAGUGAAGACUCGGAGAGUGACUCAGACUACGAAUCUGACGAUGAGAUUGACAAGAAAGGCAAUCUCAAGGAUUUUAUCGUUAACGACGAUCUUUCUGACGACGAAGCAUCAACCGGAAAGAAGCGCAAAGCAAAGGCGAAAGGGAAGGGCAAAGAGAAAGCACUGGACGUGAAACCCUCAAUGCUUAAGACUCUGCGCAAAGAGGCUUCUAGGAACCGCGACGCGUAUAAGAAGUACACGAGGUACUUGCGUAAGACCUGGGAGCCUUCUUCUAAAGUGACGGAAUGCCUGAACCUCGUCAAGGAAAUCGAGGGAACCGGAGAGAAGACAAUCAUAUUCUCCCAAUGGACUCUGUUACUCGAUCUUUUGCAGGUAGCCAUGAAGCGCGAGAACAUGGCCAAACCCGAACGUUACGACGGGUCCAUGUCGGCAACCCAACGCAACAUUGCGGCUCACAAUUUCCGUGACGGUAAAGAUGUCCGAGUUAUGUUGGUAUCUCUCAAGGCUGGCAACGCAGGCCUCAACCUUACUGCUGCUUCUCGGGUCAUCAUUAUGGACCCUUUUUGGAACCCUUACAUCGAGAUGCAAGCAGUCGAUCGCGCAUAUCGUAUCGGUCAGCAGAAGCCAGUCAAGGUGUACCGCAUAUUGACAAAUGAGACGGUCGAAGAUCGCAUUGUCGAUCUGCAGAACAAGAAGAAGGAAAUGGUCGAAGCGGCCCUCGACGAGAAACAAGGUGCCUCUAUUGGACGGCUGAGUGAAAACGACAUCAAGAAUCUUUUCGGCAUUCCCACUUAG